CCCCAAUCCCGUGGGAUCAUAUGUUCUCGCGAGAGCUUUUUGAUUCCUACGUAACGUUCCGUGCUGUUUAUAUGGCGGCGCUGGUGAUGAUGCUGUGAGUUGUUGGGUGAAACGUCUAUGCAGCCAUGGCGUGUACAAUUGAGAAGAUCCUACAGGAUGCCAAAACUCUGUUAGAGAGACUAAAAGAUCAUGACAAUGCUGCAGAAUCUUUAAUUGAACAAUCCAGCUCUCUACAUACACGUGUUGAAGCCAUGAAGGAGGUUGGGGCAGCUGUGCCAGAAAAGUACCAAGAAGAUUUGGAAGAGUUGAAGGAUGUAUCAAAGUACAAACCACAUGUGCUGUUAUGUCAGGAAAAUACUCAGAUUAGAGACCUUCAGCAAGAAAAUAAAGAGUUGUGGCUGUCUUUGGAGGAACAUCAGUAUGCACUGGAGCUGAUCAUGAGCAAAUAUAGGAGACAAAUGCUGCAAGUAAUAGCCAACAAAAAACCUGCCCCCACAGAGCCAGUUCUGGAAGCUCAUGAAAAUUACUCUGCUGAGAUCGAGAGUCAUAUUGACAGAAUAUGUUCCAUGGGGGAAGUGAUGAGAAAAGCCAUCCAAGUAGAUGAUGUUCAGGCCUAUAGUAUACAAGAGAGGCUUGCCCAGUUGGAGUUUGGCUUUUUUUGUGGUACAGGCAGAUUUCCCCAAUUUCUCCUAUUCUCUUCUCUGAUUUUGACGGCAAGAAUUCUCACAACUAGAAAACAAAGAGCUUCGGGAAAUACUGUCAGUGAGUAAGGAGUCGCUGCAUUCCACUAAAAAGGAAUCUGAGUGGAGUUCAUGAGACCAGACCAAGUGAUGUCCUUCACAUUUUUUUUGGCUUAUUCUACUCACUGGACACAGAAUAAUGAUAUGAAGACAUUUCUAGUUCCAGGUGUACCCAUAUCAGCACUGUCCUGUGUCUUGCACUGCUUUGAAUAUUGAAGGAAAGGGUGUUAAAAUGAGAAGACCGAGACAUCUGCCUGUUGGAAUAAGUUUGUGUUAUACAGUAUGUGCAGUUCCUGGCGGAGAUGAAGACCUUGCACAUCCUGCUUAGAAACCUUUUGUACUGAACACUGUGCUUUUCAAACGUCUUUCAUGGAAAAUAUUAACAAAUAGAUAUUUAAUUUAAGUACAUCUGUAAAUAAAAACGCUGCGAAACAAAGUAUGCUUGAAUGUUAUUCCAAGGUGAAAAUUUUACAUAUUGUGUUACAGAUUAAAGCAAUGUACCAUAUUCUUUACAGUUAAUGUAUUCUAAAAUAGCCUGGGAAAAUGUAAUAUUCUCUGUAUGCUAUACAUAUUUAAUAAUGUGGUGUGUUAGCAGCCAAUCAGAUAACAAUUUGUAACAAGUUUUAUUGUUGUCACUCUAAUGAAAACUAGUAUCUGAUCACACCACUGCUCUUUGUGCAUUGUUAUUAAAUAAGAAUAAUAUAUUGUGAGCAAUAACCACAAAUUGCAGCACAGAAAAAUGUACAUUGUGACCUUAUGCAUUAUGAUUUAUUUCCAUCAUUGUUACAUUUUUAUAUACAAUAAAAUGCUGUUCUGGGGUAAGCAGUAAAUGUGUAACCCAAAGCUAUGAAAAGCGAUGCAAAUUGAUAAAAUAUACAACCAAAUAGUGGACUAAACAAUACAUGAAGUA